AUGAAACACCACACGUUCAAUAAAGAAACGAAAAUUUGCAGCGCUAGCUGGCCGCGCGUAUCGCAAUCAACGCUAUGCACAACAGAUCGCCUCGAGCUCGUUUACGACGUGUACUGCAAUGCAGAACGGCAACUCCACCCCCACACCGCCACUAGCCUCAACCUCGUUUUUCUGCACGGCGGCGGCAUGAGCAGGGUUGUAUGGGAGUAUUAUUUGCCGCGACUGGUAGCCGCGGACCCGGAAGGUAAUUAUGUCAUAGAGAAAAUUGUGCUGAUCGACCAGGUCAACCACGGUGAUUCUGCGGUGCGCAACCGCGGAAAGUUGGGCACGGAUUUUAACUGGAUUGAUGGAGCCCGCGAUGUGAUCAAGAUUGCUAGCUACGAGCUCGGCAGUGAUAACGAGCAGCCAGCUCUAAACGUGGCUAUAGGCCAUUCGAUGGGCGGGUUCCAGGCUCUUGCAUGUGACGUGUUGUCGCCCAAUCUAUUCGAUUUGCUCAUCUUGAUCGAGCCUGUAGUCAUUUCUCGGCAAGUCGUCGGCUCCGGGAGAAAGAGGGCGCCACCCGGGUCUUCCCAUAUCUCGGAAAACCUUUAUAACUCCCUUCGUUUAAAGACAUGUGACCGUUUUGCGAACGAGUCUGAAUAUAUACAUUAUAUGAAGAACGACUCCUUUUUCACCAAGGCCCACGCCUCAAUUCUGCAAAAUAUCAUCGAUUUCGAAAGAAUAAAGGUGUCCGAUGAUGACGGUUCUGUGCGCACGAAGAUGGAACAGGCGCAGAAUCUCCUCUGCUAUAUGAACAUGGAGUCCUUCGCGCCUUUUCUAAUCAGCAACGUCAAAUUUGUAAGCACACGGACCAUCCACAUCGUGGGCGCGCUCUCCACUUGGUGUCCUCCAGAAAACCAGUUGUUUUUGCAGAAGACGCUGCGGAAUUACCAUCUCGACGUUGUUCCGGGUGGCUCUCACCUGGUCAACAUUGAGGUUCCGGAUCUUAUUGUCGAAAAAAUCAAUCAUCAUAUCCACGAGUUUGUUCUUACUUCUCCACUGCGGUCCUUACAUAUUCCGCAGUUGUCGCUUGACGAAAGAAUGGUCAAGUUUAAACAGGCUUUCAAUUUGUUCAAGAAUGAUGCUUUGAUUAAAACCAGUAAAUCUAAAUUUUAG